GUUGCCAUCUUCAAUUCUUGUUCAUCUUCCUCAAAUUCAUCUCUAAAUUUCCAACCUUUACUUCUUUAAUGGAGAUUCUCCUUCCCGAUCAAGCAACCUCCAACGGGUACUACAAGAAUGUGCAUAAAAGAAAGCAAAAUCAAGUUGAUGAUGGACUCUGUUCCGAGUCUGAAGCAAAGCGGUUAAAGAGUUCAUCCAAAGUGAUUGAUUACUCUAACCCAUUUGCAAUUAGUAACAUGCUUGAAGCAUUAGAUGGUGGUAAAUUUGGGAGUGUUACUAAAGAGUUGCAAGAGAUAGCUGAUAUGAGGAUGGAUUUGGUUAAGCGUUGUAUUUGGUUAUAUCCAUCGUUAGCGUAUACCGAGUUUGAAGAUGAGAAGACGAUGAUUAGUUUGGAUAAUCAACAGGUUGUGGAAGGUGGUGUUAUUAAUUUGGAUGAUGAUGAUGAUGAUAAUGAUGAUAAAGCUAUCUGUGUUGUUCCUUCGUCUGAGAUUGUGGUUCUUGAUUCUGAUGAUGAAGAUAAUGAGAGGCAGAGGCCUAUGUAUCAGUUUCAGUCUACUCUUGUACAGCUUCAGAAGAAUCUAGGGGAUGUGACUCCAGUAACGCCGCAAUUCACUUUCGAGGAGGUCGAUUUAGGGAGGAGCAAGGAGAUGCCUUCUGUAAUUAAGGCCGUGGUGGAGGGAGAAACAAUUAGAGGCAAAGUCGUUGCCAUAGAAAAUGGUGUGGCUAACGAAAAAGGUGUCUACGUGGGGGUUGAGGAUGAUGACAGUGAUAAUGAGUCUGAAGCAGCAGAUGAAGAUCUUGGUAAUAUCUGGAAUGAAAUGGCCAUGUCAAUAGAGUGUUCCAAGGAUAUAGCAGGGGAGACUUCGCAUAAGCAAAAGGCAGAUGUAGUGGAAGACUGUGAGCACUCAUUUAUUCUAAAGGAUGAUAUGGGUUAUGUUUGCCGUGUCUGCGGAGUUAUUGAGAAAAGUAUACUAGAGAUAAUUGAUGUGCAAUUCACUAAAGCAAAACGAAACACAAGAACAUAUGCCUCUGAAACUAGAAAUAAAAGGUUUGGCGAAUCUGAUGCUGAACUUAAGUUUUCUGAAGAAGGGCUGAUGAUAGGUGGACUUGCUGCUCAUCCAACGCAUGCUGACAAAAUGAAGCCUCAUCAAGUUGAGGGAUUCCAGUUCCUUUGCAGCAAUUUAGUGGCAGACGAUCCUGGUGGUUGUAUCAUGGCUCAUGCUCCAGGUUCUGGAAAAACCUUCAUGAUCAUCAGUUUUAUGCAGAGCUUCCUUGCCAAGUAUCCUCAGGCUAAGCCACUGGUUGUGCUUCCAAAGGGAAUUUUGUCUACUUGGAAAAGAGAGUUCCUGAGAUGGCAAGUUGAGGACAUACCACUGCUUGAUUUCUAUAGUGCUAAAGCAGAAAACCGAGCACAGCAGCUGGCUAUCUUGAGAAAAUGGAUGGAGAAGGAGAAGAAGAGUAUCUUAUUUCUUGGGUACAAGCAGUUCUCAACUAUUGUGUGUGAUGAUACAAGUACCGACUCACUUUCUUGCCAGGAGAUACUGCUCAAAGUACCUACGAUCCUCAUUUUGGAUGAAGGACACACUCCAAGGAAUGAGGACACAAAUGUAUUGCAGUCCCUUGCCCAAGUCCAAACACCAAGAAAAGUUGUCCUCUCAGGAACGCUUUAUCAGAACCAUGUAAAGGAGGUUUUCAACAUUUUGAACCUCGUUCGACCCAAAUUCCUCAAAUUGGAUACCUCCAAGUCUAUCGUGAAGAGGAUAUUGAGUUAUGCUCCUAUAUCUGAUGUCAGGUCCCAUAUGGGAAACAAUUCAGAUGUGUCUUCGGCCUUCAAUGAAAUUGUGGAGUACACACUGCAGAAGAGCGAGGAUUUCACGAUGAAAAUUAAUGUAAUCCAAGAUUUGCGGGAGAUGACAAAGAAAGUGCUUCAUUACUACAAAGGAGAUUUCCUAGAUGAGCUUCCUGGACUUGCUGAUUUCACUGUGGUUCUUAAUCUGUCUCCAAGGCAGUUGAACGAAGUGAAGAAGUUAAGACGUGAGAAGAGAAAAUUUAAGGUUUCGGCUGUGGGAAGUGCAAUUUACCUUCACCCGAAGCUGAAAGUUUUCUCUGAGAAGGCUGAUGAUGUCUCUGAUACAACUAUGGACGAAAUGCUAGAUAGGCUAGAUGUGAAUGAAGGUGUCAAAGCAAAGUUCUUCCUUAACUUGAUAAACCUGUGCGACUCAGCAGGUGAAAAGCUCUUGGUUUUCAGCCAGUAUCUCAUUCCUCUGAAGUUUCUUGAAAGAUUAGCUGCUGUAGCUAAGGGUUGGAAACUAGGGAAAGAAGCUUUUGUUCUUACAGGCGAUACCAGUCCUGAGCAGCGUGAGUGGUCAAUGGAAAGGUUUAACAAUUCGCCAGAUGCCAAAAUCUUCUUUGGUUCGAUAAAAGCAUGUGGAGAAGGAAUCUCACUUGUUGGAGCAUCUCGCAUACUGAUAUUGGAUGUUCCUCUAAACCCUUCUGUGACACGCCAAGCCAUCGGGCGGGCUUUUCGACCCGGACAAACAAAGAAGGUUCAUGCAUACAGAUUGAUUGCUGGGUCAUCACCUGAGGAGGAGGAUCACAACACUUGCUUCAAAAAGGAAGUCAUCUCAAAGAUGUGGUUCGAGUGGAACGAGUACUGCGGAUACAGAAACUUUGAGGUAGAGACAAUUGAUGUGGAUGAUGCUGAUGAUAUGUUCCUUGAAAGUCCUACCUUAAGAGAAGACAUAAGAGUUCUCUACAAAAGGUAAAGUCAGUUUUGACCAGAUCCACACAUAACUCUUUACGAUCACAUUUCUCUGUUGGUGAUCGUCCUCAAUUUUCAUUUUUCAGGUAAAUGCAGACAUAAUGCAGACGGAAACUUGUUCUUCAGGUUUUGGACAUGCUUAGGUUUUAGGAAUCUGUCAAUAAGAUAACUUCGGGAAG